UUCGAGGCGCGCCCGUGAGUGUGUGUGUGUGUUACGUGCUCGUGCAGCAGGGUUGUAUUGAAUGCUUGGCCGCAUCUGAGCAUCCUGUACAUUGUUUACAAAAUUUAUCGCAGUGAUCGCUGGCACACACUCGUACCAGCAAGUCGAGGGAUGGAUUCUGCAAGUGGUCGGAAGCUUCUUGGAUUCCGGCAGAUUGCGCAGGAAAAGCUGCAGCAUGUGUUCUACUCCAUCCCGUCGGAGAAGGACCUGAUCAUCGAACCGGCGCUCAUUAAACCACUGGAACAUGUGUGCGGUGCAUCCUGGCUGAGGAAGAAAGGCAUCGAUAAAAUAUUCAAGUUUGAUUCGAAAAAUCCCCCACCGAAGCGGAAACAGUUUGUGUACUUGAUCACCUCAAGCCUGCUUACGUUCAAGAGCGUGCUGGAUCAGAUCAGUGGCUACCAGAGCCAGACGAGCAGCAUGAUGGAACCGGACAUACGCAACAAGCAGUACCACGUGCUGGUGCUCCCGUCGGUGCUGGCCAGCUUCGAGCAUCUGCUGGAGGAAGAGGGCCUGCACGGCAUCGUCGAGCUGUACAACUUUCAGUGGGAUUUUCUGCUGCUGGACGAAUCGCUGCUCAGCCUCGAGCUGCCGAACGUGUUUGCGGAUGUGUUUGUGCGCAAGGACACCACACCGCUCGGCUCGAUUGCGCAAAGCAUUCGCAUCUUCAAUCUCGUCAUGGGCAAGCCCCAUCUCGUGUUCAGCCUGGGGGAGAACGCGGAGAAAAUACUGCACAUGGUGCAGCGCAUGGAAGCGGCCAAGCGACCGAAUGUCGGGGGGAAGGAGAAUGCCGCCGGCAAGGUGGACCAGCCGGAGAAAGAGCCGGAGUACUCGGCCAUGCUCAUACUCGACCGUGAUCGGGACUAUCCGGCCUGCCUGCUAACACCGGUCGUGUACUGUGGGCUGCUGCUGGAGAUACAGCCCCUCAACUCCGGCUCGCUGGUCGUCGAUGGUGAGUGCAACAAGAUCAAGAACGGAAAGCUGGCCUUCCUGCAGGAGCAGGGCGCCGCUGCGGCUUCGAAGCAGCAGGAAACGACUAGCUUGCGCAUGAGUGGCGCACAGGACAUGAUCUAUCUCGAGCACCGGUAUCGCCACUUUUCCGAAGUCAUCAGCCUGCUCAGCGCACAGGCGAAAGCGCUCGGCCUGGAGGGAAAGGCGUACACGCGCGAGAUGAAGCUGCACGAGAUGAAGGAGUACGUUACGCACAAGCUGCCGAAGGUGGCCGCCGCCAAGAAGGAGCUGUUCAAGCAUCUCCGGCUGUGCGAAACGAUCGUGGAGGAGAUUGGCGCCAACUUCGAGAAGCACCAAAUGAUCGAGGAAAGCAUCCUGACCAACACGAACCGCAAGCAAAUCAUGAACUACAUUCUCGAGCUGCUCAGCAGCGACGCGCAUCGGUACAAUACGCUGCGGCUAAUCUGUCUGUACCACGUCACGAUCGGGCUGACGGGCGAGGACAUGACCAGGCUCAUGACGGGCUACCUGAACGCGUUUGGGUACCGGCAUCUUAGCCUCUUUCACAGCCUCUUUCAAGCGCGCCUCUUCCCCGACACGACCAAUCUUAGCAAAACGAAGAUUCUGUCCCAAAUCUCCAUUCCCACGCUCAAGACACCGUUCCAGAUUGAGGCGAACAAGCUGAAACAGUUGCCGACGGACGCGAACGACACUGCGACGACUGCGACCACGCCAACGACCGACCGAGACGGUGGCCUAACGGGCGGUGUGCAAUCGACGGGGGGCAGUGCUGCUGCCGGUGGCAAAACAUGCCCCAGCUACGUCUUCAACGGCAAUUACAUUCCACUGGUGACGCAAUUGACCAACCUAAUCUUUGCUGCGUCCAGCUUCGACAAUCUCAACACCCGGCUGGGUCAUCUGGAGCGGCUGAAGGUUUCGGGCCGCUCGCUGACAGCCAGUGGACAACCGGGUGAUCAUACACAGUGUGCGCCACGAUCGAUCAAGGAACUGUCGGCGAGCAGUCACAAGGUGGCCCUGAAUCAGCUGCUCCCGUUCAAGGAGAAAACGAUGUUCAUCUUCAUUGUGGGUGGAAUUACGUACGCCGAGAUCGCUGCCUGCCAUCUGCUGGAGCGUACGAUCGGGGCUAAGAUUGUCCUGUCCUCCGAUCGGAUCAUUGCCGGGCACGAUCUUAUAGAAAGCGUUGUAAACUGUUAGUGGGUCGUGUGGGGGAUUUUCGGAUUUCGAGAGGGUAAAAUACACAAAAAAGAAACCCCUAAA